AUGUUAGAGCAAUAUAAUAUUUCAGCCGAUGCUCCACCACCUCCUCAACAAUCUUUCCGCCAACCAAGAACCAAACAGGAGAAGAUUGAAAGAUGGAAGAACAUUGCCAGAACAUUCUCUCCGUUCUUCUUUGCUGAUCAGAACACAACUCCAGCUCCUCAAUUCAACAAUUACAUUUGGCAACAGAAUGCUCCAGCAGUCACUCCAGAACCAUUCACUUUCGCUCCGUUCUCACUGGCUACUCUGGCAACUGUUGCUCCAAUCGGACCUACUUUGGAACCAAUGUUGCCAACUACAGCGAGUCCACAACUGUUGGCUCAUAAUACUGCUAGAAUGAUUCGUGAAAUUGCUACAUUCUCCGAUGGUGGAAAAUCGCGUGAUCAAGACUUUGGAGCUGUCCAGACAUUGAUGCAGGCCUUCUUCGAAGCAGUUGCAUCCGGAAAUAAUGGAGGAUCUGCUGCAGCUACUGGUACAGCGGUUGGGACACCACUAGGGGACGCCCCGAUGUAUCAAGCUCGUAGAGAUGGUACAGAACUUGGAGCCAAUCGUGCUCUGACCAACAAGCUGUUCGAGUCAGAUAUGGUUUUGACAGUUCCACAGAUGAAAGCAGUCGUGCUGGCUGCCCAAGAAGCUCGUAAUCCUCAUGGACGUAAGAAGAGAAAAGUAAUCACUGGAUCAGUAUACAGAUGGAAAAGUGUGAUUCCAUAUCGAUUCAAAGGGGGAGAUUCAAAAUGGAAGAAAUUGAUCAAAGAAGGAUUGAGUCUUUGGGAAAAAGAGACUUGUGUCAGAUGGAGCGAAAAUGGGCACGGAAAAGAUUAUGUCAUUUUCUUCAGAGGAUCUGGCUGCUAUUCGUCCGUUGGAAGAACAGGAGGAUCACAACUUAUUUCAAUUGGAUAUGGUUGUGAAGAUAAAGGAAUAGUUGCCCACGAAGUCGGUCACUCCCUCGGAUUCUGGCACGAGCAAUCUCGUCCUGAUCGCGACCAGUACAUUCAUUUGAGAAAAGAGUGGAUUAUCAAAGGAACUGAUGGAAACUUUGAGAAAAGAAGUUGGGAAGAAAUCGAAGAUAUGGGUGUUCCUUAUGAUAUUGGUAGUGUUAUGCACUACGGAUCGAAUGCAUUCACAAAGGACUGGGACCAGAUCACAAUCGAAACUACUGAUAGCCGCUACCAAGGAACCAUUGGGCAGCGUCAAAAACUAUCGUUCAUCGAUGUUAAACAAGUCAAUCGUCUUUAUUGUAACUCCGUCUGCCCAGUUGCACUUUCCUGUCAACAUGGUGGUUACCCGGAUCCCAAUAAUUGUUCGGUCUGUAAAUGUCCAGAUGGUCUCGGAGGGAAAUUAUGUGGCCGUGUUGCAAAAGGAACUGAUCAUGACAAAUGUGGAGGAGAACUCGUUGCAACUCCAGAAUGGCAAGAGAUGAUUUACAAGGGAAAACGGACUUGCAACUGGAGAGUUAAGUCUCCCAAUGGUGGUCGUGUUCGUCUUGUACUCACAGAGCUUCGUUAUCAGUGUGCUACUUCUUGCAAGGCUUAUAUCGAAAUCAAGCACAACACAGAUUUCCAACAAACAGGAUUCAGAGUUUGUUGUUUCAACAAAACUUAUGACGUCAUUUCUGAUCAAUCUGAAGCAUUGAUUUUGUCAAACGCAAAUAUUGUCGACUACGAGGUUUCGUAUAAGUUGCAGUGGAUUCAAGACAACGGCAAACCUCUUCCACCACCGAAACCAACUUCUACCUGGGUACCUGGAAAAGAAAACCGUCCAUUCCGUGGAGUUGAGAAUACAGGCGGUACCAUUGAGAAGUUCAUUCUCCAAGCCAUCCCAAAGAUCCGUGACUCCCAUAGACCAUUGGAAAGUAUCACUAGUAUUGUGGCAGAAUACGGUCUUGCAACUCUACUUGGUAUAUCACAUAACGAUACUACCUCCCCAGUCGACAUCAUCAUCACCGUUUCGGAUCAAUUGCUUUCAUUCCAUUUUAUCCUUUCUUCCUCUACUUCGCAAGUCAUGAUUUUAAUUUGUUUCUACUUGCUUUCUCUCUUGAAUCUGGCUAAUUCAAUGAGUGCCACAGUCCGCCCGUUUACCAACUCCAUUCCUGUCCCUGGCAGAAAUGUUCCAAUUAUGAGACUAUUCGAGAACUAUGCUGCUUCAUGUCGUCCAACCAACAAGAGGGAUUUUAAUAUGGAUCAGUUAGCAACUCUUCUUCAAUCGUUCCAAAUGGACGAAGUUGCCACGAAACAAUACAAUUCUAUAUUCUUCGGAAUGGCUGAUAUGCAAAUUGAAAAGUUCAUGGGAAAAUGGUAUACGGUAGUUGAUUCGAAAGAAGUGCACAAAGAGGAUUGCUCCAUUUUCUACUUUGACAUGGUUCUUCAAACCCCAUACACUGCUACAUUCACUUCCAAACAAUAUGCAUUGGUUAACAACGACGUCAUUACAAAUGAAGGAUACGGUAGCAUGGUUGGACCAGAGCCAGGAGCAGUUCUGAUCACUACUGGGCAUGAGAGGGAUCAAUGUCCAUUCUUCCCUGUUCGUAUCGGCGGUCUCAACGACGAUGGAGAGUAUCAAUACAUGAUUUUAAGUACUCCACUCAAGUAUCCAACGAUGGUUUUGACACGAGACCUCGAACUAUUCGAGACAAAAUGGAAGCAUGAAGUGUACGAUUUCGUUGAGAAAAAUGGUUUCAUGAGUCCAAUGGCGGCACUCAAUACUCGUCUUCAUUUCACAGAUACCGAUGUUUGUCGAAAAGUGAAUAAGCUAUAUGAGAAUGGAAAUAUUUGA